AUGGAGAACCAAGUGUUGCUCUUAUUUGCUAUCUACUUUAGUCUCCUGGGUGAACUAAGUGGCGAAGAUGGUGUUAUUAGACAGGCGGUUGAUGUCGGGUUAAUCGUCGAUAUGGGAUCGAGGGAGGGGAAGAUCAUCCACAGCUGCAUUUCGAUGGCGAUUUCCGGGUUACGUAGCUCAACUCAAAUGAGGAUACUUCUCCACACCAGAGACUCCAAAGGGGACCCUUUCCAUGUUUUAUCCGCUGGUACAAAAAUGCGCCUUUCACUUUCAAGCUCUUGGAAAAUGACAAAGUCGGGGGUCAUACUCCUUCCGCAAAAUUCUAAAUUGGAAGCAAAAUAUUUGGCUGAAUUUGGAGAUCACACCAAAGUCCCAGUAAUCUCUAUUUCACGACUUCAAUCUGCAGAAGGGAAAGCAAUUGCUGCUUUCAUAGAAUCACAUGAAAGACAGUUUCAGAUUGCGUACAAAAUCGCAGUGUCUGCUUCAUCUGAAGAUGAUAGUAUCAUCGAAGAACUUCACAGGCUCCAAGCAAUGGAAACUUGGGUAUUUGUCGUGCAUGUAUCCCACGUCUUAGCAUCUCGACUUUUCGAACAAGCGAAAAGGUUGGGGAUGAUCGGCCAAGGGCAUGCAUGGAUCGUGACUUCCAAGACCAUGAACCACUUGCAAAUGAACGAUUCAUCGGUCUUUGCAUCGAGGCCAGGAUUCAUUGGUUUCAGGUCUUAUAAAAUUAGAGAAUUAAAAGAGUUCUGUAAUAAGGAGUUUGAUAUGCAAGUGAUGAUGAAGAAUUUUGACGACUUUAUUCAUGGAAAGUUAAGCUCGAGCACUUUUGAAAUAGUUAUUGUGAUGGGUGAAAGGGAAAGAAGAGUUGGCUUUUGGACAUCUGCAGGUGACAUAACAAUGAAGUUACACGGUUCCACUCAUGGAAGGGAUCUGUUUUCAAGUUCGACCAAUGGCGACCUCGAAACGAUAAUCUGGCCUGGUGGGACUUCAACCAUUCCCAAAGGUCGAACGAUGCAAAUGAGCAGUAAGAUCCUAAGGAUUGGCGUUCCGGUAACGAAUGGGUUCACACAAUUGCUGAAAGUGGACCGUGAUCUUCAGACUAAUGCCACGAUUGUCUCUGGUUUCUGCAUAGAUGUUUCAGAGCUGCAAUGGACGUCGAACAUUGGUGAGGCUUACGAUAAUCUUGUCUACGAAGUAUAUCUCCAGAAGUAUGAUGCUGUUGUUGGGGACAUAACGAUUACAGCAAACAGAUCUUUGUAUGUGAAUUUUGCCUUGCCAUACACGGACAUGGGGGUGGGGAUGGUUAUUCAGAAAACUCCGAAGGAUAGCAGAAACUUGUGGAUUUUCUUAAAACCACUUACAGGAGGACUUUGGCUUACGAUUGUCGGAGUUUAUGUCUUAACAGCUUCAGUUAUUUGGCUGAUAGAACGCCCUUCCUUCGCUGAACAAACCCCGCAAUCGAACGGACAGAUCGAAAGGAUGUUUAGCUUCUCCUUCUCCAUCCUCGUUUUUGCUCACUGGGAGAAAUUAUCAAGUAACUUGUCGAGAUCCGUGGUUCUUUUAUGGGUGUUCUUGGUGUUCAUAAUAGGUUCGAAUUACACAGCCACAUUGACAUCAAUGAUGACGGUCCAACAUAUCGAGUUAAACUCCAAGAUGAGAUGCAUAGGACACCGAACAGGUCCGGUCACCCAAGAAGUCAUCGGCAAUCUAAAUUUCGAAAGCUCUAGUUCCACAUCUAUAUGGCUUACUUCUUCGGAGGAAUUCGCAAAAGCUUUAUCGGAAGGAAGUAAAUGUUGA